GUUACAGGUAGACGAUGCAGGACCCAUUGGAUAUAUGUGGAAAAGAUUCUGGAAUUAUUUGGCACCGCAAACCUGUUCCUCAAGCGUCUGAUGCGCUUCUAACGUCUAUAAUUCACAGACAGCCGAGCUCUACGCUUUAUGGACGAAUUGUUCGUCUCUUGAGGGCCACUUUUGAUUCAACAGGUCACAGAUUUGCAAUUGGAGAUCAACAGGGCCACAUUUAUGUCUUCGACUUGUCUAGAAAUCGCUUUUCACUCGUACAGAGGCUCGGCACGCCGUGCACGACACUGACGUUCAACACGAAGAGAAAAACAGAAUUGAUUAUUGCUCUUGCCGAUUAUUCUGUGCGCUGCGUCGACAUCGAGAGUGGCGAGAUGUUGGGCAUUAUGAGAGGACACGACUCGUCUGUCAGACACAUUUCUGUUCACGUCAGCGGAAGAUAUGCUCUCACUACUGCUACGGAUCGUUCCAUUCUUUGGGAUUUGAAUACUUUCAGAAGGAAGAGAACUCUGAACGGGGCUCAAGAUGUGGGAGUGCAAAAGGCUUUCUUUCUUCCUCUCAGUAACACAAUCCUGACAUGCUUCAAAGAUGACUCUAUUAUGGCAUGGGAAGCUGACACAUUUUGCUAUCGCUAUCGUCUUUGUCUGCCAGAUUCAACUACACAUUCUCCACAGCUACGAGCAUACGCUACCACUCAAGAUGGCCGAACUCUUGCCACUGCAGGCAAGUCACAAUUUAUUUAUGUUUGGGCUUUGGACACACGAAAGUUAAUAAGAAUAGUGCAGAUGCCUAAAGCUGUGACUCAAGUAAGAGAGAUGGAAUUUCUGUUUGACUCAUUUAGUGGUGGAGCAAAUCAAGUUCUUGCUGCACUGGCUAGUCAUGGAGUGGUCUAUUUUAUGAACGUUCUUAGCUGUAAGAUGAUGUUUACAAUUGGAAACAGAGAGCAGAUGAUUGAUAACUUUACAAUCAGUAAUAAUGGUUGGUACAUGGCCUGUGGGAUGGAGAGUGGAAGAGUGAAUAUGUACAGUCUUCAAGUUUUUACAAGUGAUGUCAACCAGCCACCAGGUCCACUUGUUAAGGCAGUGAGGAUGGAUGAAGCAGGUCUCUCAUAUGAUGAGCCAACAACCGCAUCACUUAAUCACAGCAUUCAUCAGCAGCCAUUAGCUCGUGUUGAAUCAGCUACAAAGCAAAAACCUGUCACACGUAGUCAACUUAGACCUCCUCCUUCAGAGCAAUCAGAGAGUGAUUCAGAACCACUUGUUAGAACACUGAACACAGAUCGUCUCAAAACCAUUUUACGUGGUUAUGGGCAAUAUCCUGAGAAAUACCGUCUUUUUAUCUGGAGGUCUCUCUUGCAACUGCCAGAGAACCAUGCUGCUUAUGCUUCUCUUGCAGACAGGGGAACACAUGAUGCUUACAUUAUGCUUCACAAGCAGUAUCCAAUCAAAAGCAGGAAGCUGCUUAGAGUCUUGCAAAGAAGUCUUUCUGCUUUGGCACAUUGGGCUCCUAUUUUUGGUGAGAUGACUUAUCUUCCAUUUCUUGCAUUUCCUUUUGUCAAGAUGUUUCAGAACAAUGCUUUAUUGGCAUUUGAGACAAUAGCUACAGUUAUAACCAACUGGUGUUCACGCUGGUUUGAGUAUUUUCCCAAUCCACCAUUUAAUGUUCUUAAUCUCAUAGAGAACCUGUUGUCACACCAUGAUGCUUUACUUAUGAAGCACUUUAUUUGCUUAGAGGUCACAGCACAGACAUAUGCUUGGCCUCUUAUGCAGUCAUUUUUUUCUGAAGUCCUCACUCGAAGUGAGUGGCUCAAGCUUUGGGACAACCUUUUUUCUCAUCAUCCAGGUUGUCUUCUCUAUGCUGUGGUAGCCUAUUUGAUUCACAGUAGACGUGCACUAUUGAACUCAACUGAAAAGGAUGACUUUGUUUAUUUCUUUCAUCAUCGAAAUGCUGUUGAUGUGGAUGCUGUAAUUCAAGAGAUUUAUCAUCUCCAAGAAACUACCCCAUCUGCUUUGAAGCCUGAACGGGUGAUUGAUUCAUUUCAGCCUCUCACCAAAGGACAGUAUCCAAUAUUCAAUAAGUACCCAAAGUUUGUUGUUGAUUAUCAAGUGAAAGAACGUGACAGAUUGCGCAGAGAAGAAAUGACAUUUCUUCAUGAGCAUCAAAGGGCCUUGGAACUAAAGCGACAAGCAGAGGAGAGAAAACUGCAAGAAGAGGCUUGGUUUAGACAGCAGACAAUCUUACAUGAAGCAGAAGAACAGAGACGGCGUGCUCUCAAAGUGGAAGAUCAGAAAUUGGUUGAUCAACGGCUCAGGCUUCAGGCUUUGAAGCGAGAAGUAAAGACGCAGGAGCUUCAAGUCAAUGAUGCUGCUCGUCGUCGUUUCAUGCAUUACCAACAACUACAGCAGGAAGCAGAAAUAAAGCGACUUGAUGAUGAACUGCAACGAAAAAUUCUUCUCAGAGAACAGGAAACUAAAGCAGCUAUAGAAGAUGCUGAAACUCAAGGUAUGGAAAUUGAGAAUCAGAGGGAACUCCUUGAACAGGAAAUGGCCAAGCAGAUAGAGGAAGAUCGCACUAGACUACGCUCUGUUCACUGGGCUCAUGACAGGCAGGCAGCAGUUGAGAAAUCUUUGUUAGAGGGAGCUUUGGCUGAACAGCAGCAGGAAGACAGAGCACAGUUGCUUGAAGCUCAAAAGCAAUUUGCGACAUCUCAGCAGAGUGCGUCUGGAAUACGUCUUGGCAGAGAUGUUGAGUCUAGACUAAAGCUAGAUAACCUAGAAAGAGAAAUAGAGCAAGCUGAUUUGGCCAGACGCAGUCAGUUGACUAAACUGUCGGUGCAAGAGUUGCAAACAUUACUGAAGAGGGCAGAGAUAGAGCAACGAGAGGCUGCAGUUGUUGAACAAACCAAACUUGACUUUGAGCGUCAACUUUCUAGCAAAGCAGAUGAGAGACGGCGCGGUUGGUGGAGUCAACCCAAUGAUGACGACGACAAGUCAGGUGAGUUUGCAAGAAAGAGAGAUGCUGUCCAACAUCGGCUACAAGACAGUAUUCUCAGUCUUCGUGAAGAGUUGGAUCGCCAACUUGAUGAAGUGAAGUCAAUGUCUGUCAUGAAACACAAAGAGGCAGAUUACUUUGGGCAGCAUGCAGAGUUCAAGCGUGGUCGUGAAUCUUUGGAUAAGAAAGAAGCAGAGCUGCUGACUGAUAUCAACACUAGGAGGAGGAGGAUAGUAGAAAGAAAUGGUGGACAAACCAGCGCAAGUUCCCUAUCAUCUCAUAAUAAGACCUAACUAAUUGAUACGAACACAGUUAAUAGGUUACAUUAUUGUAUUAUGUUAAUGUAUUGCUAUCAUUUUGAUUUGGUAUCAUCCAGAAUACAUCCAUUCUAA